CUGUUUCCCGCCACAAUGCCACACAUUCAGGUUGUACACAUUUUGACCACGCAGCGUUUGUUGUGAAAAUUCUGAAAGGAAAAAACAUCAUUUAGCAAUCGACUUUCACUUCAAAACGUCACACUUCUAUGAGAUGGCAUUUUUUACAUUGAAACCAGAGAAAGAUGGUAUUGUUGGACCUUUGCGAAUUCCCAACGACAUGAUAAGCCCAAGUGGAAGCCCUUCUCCAUCUGGAGCACCCAAGGAAGCUGAGAAGCGGAUAAGACGAGAGAUCGCAAAUAGCAAUGAGAGACGGCGUAUGCAGAGCAUCAACGCCGGUUUUCAGUCACUCAAACUACUUCUUCCACACAAUGAAGGAGAGAAAUUGAGCAAGGCCGCCAUCUUGCAACAGACAGCAGACUACAUCUGCCGCUUGGAGCAGGAGAAGACGCACCUCAUGAGUCAGGUGCUGAACCUCAAGAGGGUAUUGGUCAAGUACGAGAGCAAUGGAGGAAGUGGGGACAGCGACCCGGAGUCGCCCAUACCUCCCAAAAAGCGGAAGCGCUACGACAGUAUGAUGGAUGAAGGUAUCGGGAGUCCGGAGUCGUUUGACGACACAAGGAGCACUGCCUCCGUGCCGCUGGACUCUAAGAAGAUAAUGGAAGACAACCAUCGUGAGAUCAUGGACCUUCGGGCCAAGCUGGACCGUGAAAGGCACUACCGCAUGGUAGUCGAAGAGAGAAAUCGAUCGCUGGAAUCUCAACUUUACCCAGAGAAACUCAAAGAGAUUUCAAAGAAGGUGAAACCGGAAGAAGUGCCUGCCACUACGAGUCUCGCAGAGGACCUGAGGCGGCACGAGGAGGCCGAGUUGCAGCUCCACCAGCAGCAACAGCAGCAGCAACAGCUUCGUAUUCAAGAGCAUAGGGUGAGGAUGAUGUCGUACCCGUACGUCACCAUGACAACGCCCGCCCCUAUCACAACACCUGCCCCAAUCAUGACGCCGACCACCUCGACAUCGCGGCAGAAUCUGGAAACCAUCUUCCAGGCCAUCAGACACCUGGAGGGCGAGAGACCGACCCCCGGCAACACCCCUGUCCAGACACCGUCCCAUACCCCGACCCCGGAGGACGAGGCGCGGAAGGGCCGUGACGAGUGCGACGACAUCCUGCGAAGAGCGGACGAGCGAUCUGUCAUCCGCGAGACAGAGUCGCGGUUCAAAUCGGAGAGCCUGGAGGAGAGGAAAGUGUCAGAGUACACAAAGGGUCGAGGUAUCAAAAUUGAACUUGUGCAUCCGCUCGACAAGCUCACCGCAAGACCAAGUAUUAUCGUGUCAUGAGGUCUGCUCUGUAUCAUAUCUCUGUAUAAAAAACUAAAAAUAAAGGAAAAAAAAGAGCGAGGACUGUACAAUACUAGGAAUUACCUUGAUUAUUUUGUCACUGACAUAUAUUUAUUCUGUAGCUUAUGGUGCACUCGAUAUCUACAAGUAGUACAUGUCUGUAGUUGACUGGAGAGUAGGUCUGAAUUUUUUUUAUUUAUUUGUCCAAGAGGUUUAGAUAGUCGCAUUUGAAAUCAGCCUCUGUCCUAUCGGCGAGCAUGUGAUAGUGCGACUUUAUGACUGAAACUCGAGAAGAAAAAAACAAAACAUCUCAUUAAUACUGUAAAUGUGAGAGCUAAGCCCAGUAGCUGGCUUGGCUUGCCAGGGAUAGGGUAUCUUGCCAGAACAGGAAACUGGAGGAAGUCUGGCAUCCGGUAGGAAGUGGCCCUUGUUGGUUUCAGUUUCCUCGUCCUGAACUGAAAGACCACAGGGAAGAGGGGAAAUUCCCAGAUAACGGUUUGGCAGCUGGUGCCUCCGCCUCUCUCCCUCCUCCUACAGGAAACAAAGUCCUUAUCAGAUAAGGACGCCUUUGAUAUAAUGGGAUAUUAAUGAUUACUUGAGGUUCAUCGAUACUGCCCUUAAACUAAUAUUGAACUUCACAAGAUAAGUCUUGGCCCAAAGUAUCUCUUUUCUCCAUUGUAUAAUUUAAAUGUAAAUUUGAAGGAUUUCUCAUUACCUUAUUUUGUGCCAAAUUUUACCAUCAGUGCUAUAUAAAGGUUGACUUUCUUUUGGGGUCUUUUGUUUUCAUUAUGAAAGGAAAGUAAGCAAUUUGCUGAUUCUUUUUUUUAAAGAGAUAUGCCAACCAGAGUAUAUUCUUAAAUUUGUGUUCAUGCAAGAUUUAACUUAACACCCAUCAUUCUACAGUUAAAAUUGAGCAGACUGUAAAAUGUUGAUACCUCUAUUAUCAAGCA